AUGUCUGUUUCUGAUACGCUUAAAGACUUUGCGGAGGAUGCUCGAAGCGUUUUGAGGAGCCUUGGUACCAAGGUCGAGGAUGACGGCAUCAACCCACUGGUCGUUCUCGACAAGGCGCGGGUCGUCCAACAGGUACGCGUUUUCAACGAGACGCGCUUGCGACCAGAUCGUUGCCUUCAAGUACUCACCCAGCUCAUGUUCCUGGUAAACAGGGGUGAACGUCUGACUUCAUCAGAAGCAACUGAGGUCUUUUUCGCCGCAACCAAGCUGUUUUCCUGUGAUGACGCUGCGUUGCGGCGUAUGACGUACCUGGCUAUCAAGGCGCUCGCGCACACCGCAGAGGAAGUUAUCAUCGUCGUGAACUGCCUCACCAAAGAUAUAACAUCAACUGUGGAUACUCGAAGAGCGAACGCUUUACGAGUUUUAUGUAAGAUUAUGGAUGCGACGAUGGUUGCGCAAGUGGAGCGUUAUCUUCGCCAGGCGCUCGUGGAUCGCAACCCGAACGUUGCCAGCGCUGCGUUGUUGAGUGCGGAGACGCUUCUCCGUGCGGGCAAAGCGGAAGCUGUCGUGCGUCGUUGGGUCAGCGAAGCUACGCAGGCCCUGAAUCACCCCCACCCGAUCGUGCAGUACCACGCCCUGUCGCUGUUGUACACGAUGCGACACCGGGAUCGACAAGCGGUAUCCAAACUGGUGCAGGACGUAGCCCGGCAGGGCGCUCGUUCGCCUAUGAGUGCGAUGCUACUCUUACGAUAUAUUGGUGAAAUCCUGGAGACAGACACGCUGCUGGAUGAUGGUCUCAGGCAGCAGUACGUUGGUUUUUUGGAAUCGAUGCUUCGCCAUCGCAGCGAACUGGUGGUUGUCGAGGCUGCUCGAGUGCUCUUGGCAGUCUCUACGGUUGAAGAAUCGACGCUGCAGACUGCAGCAAACGCGUUGCAGAUGCUCCUGAUCUCGCCGAAGCCUGUCGUCCGGUACGCCGCCGCUCGAACGCUUUGCCAGGUCGCCUCGUUGAAGCCGGCUGCGGUUGCACCUCUGAACCGUGAUAUCGAGAGUCUCGUAGCGGAUCCGAACCGGGCAGUCGCAACUGCAGCAGUAACAACGUUGCUACGGACCGGCACGGAAACUUCUAUCGAUCGCUUACUGCAGUCCGUAAGUCGCUUUCUGCACGAACUCGGAGACGACUUCCGGGUGACCGUGAUCCAGGCCAUUCGGACGCUGACGCUCAAGUACCCGCACAAGCACGUGGCACUGGUGCGUUUUCUUGGGGAGGCUCUGCGCAGCGAGGGAGGCCUUCGUUUCAAGCAGGCAACCGUGGAUACGCUGCGGGAAUUGAUUGAAAGGAUUCCCGACUGUAGGAGUGAAUGUCUCAGUCAUUUCAUAGAGCUCGUUGAGGACUGUGAAUACCCGAUGCUCUCUGUUCAGGUACUGCACAUGCUGGGCGAGUGGGGUCCACAAGCUCCGACGCCCUCUAGUUAUGUGCGAACGAUCUACAACCGCAUCAUCCUGGAGAGCCCCAUGGUGCGAGCAGCGGCGGUGUCCGCGCUGGCUCGCUUCGCAUCAGUACCGGAGCUGGCUUCCUCGAUUCGAAUGCUGCUGCGCCAGUGCCUGUUGGAUGCCGACGAUGAGGUGCGAGAUCGUGCAGCUUUUGCUCUGGAGCUCCUCGGUGAUCACGUAGAGGCAGCCGAGUCGAUUUCCGACGCCUCCUCGGACGCGGAAUCUGUCACGGAAUACAGGCGCUUGCAACCGGCACCGCUCGAUGUGCCUCUGGAGAGCCUGGAGAAGGCGCUGGUCGAAUACUUGGGGCACGAUCUGUAUCUGCACAGCGCGUUCGACGUGAAUGCAGCGCGCUCUUUAGCCCUGAAGGCAACGCAGAGACCAGGCGCAGCAGCGACUGCAUGUGAACGCCUGUCGAGCGCGACGACAGCAACAGCAGCAGCAACAGCAGUCGCUCCAACGGCAGCAGCGUGCACUGCUACCGAUACCGAAGGCAUCCAGCGGAGCGAGUUCCGUGGGGCGCUCCUGGCAAACGAAACACUCCAUGCGCUCGGUUAUAGAACGGCUCCGUUCAAGUCGUCUGCGACUUGCGCGCUGACGGAUACCGACGCAGAAUUCCUCGUCGUCGCCAUGAAGCACGUUUAUCCACAGGGGCUCGUUCUACAGUUUCGAGUGCUGAAUACCCUUGAGGAUCAGAUGUUGCAGGAGUGUAGCGUGGAGCUGGAUACCAAAGAGCUCACAAGCUUGAAGAUUCGCGAGAGCAUUCCAGCGUCUCUCGUUCGCUACAAUGAGCCUAGCUGGUGCUUUGUCAUCCUGGAGAGCCCCGAUCCCGACGCUGAGCUGCUUGUACCGGAUUUCGGAGUGGUACCUGCGAAACUGGUCUACCGCGUUAGCGAAGUAGACCCCUUGACCCAGGAGCCGCUCGAUGCGCAGGGUUUCCCCGAUACGUUUACCUUGGAAGAGCUCGAGCUGGAACUCAAGGACUAUAUCCAGCCGCUUGUGCUGACGGAUUCCUUCGAUAACGUCUGGUCUGAGAUGGAGGCGUCGGCUGCGACGGUACGCGAGACCUACGUCCUGCCGCACGAGACGGUGGCGACAGCCGUCGAGGCCGUCGCCGACUAUUUGGCUAUGGCUCCCUGCGGAGACUCGCUGGCGGUAUCCAGCAGCGCAACGCAACAUGAACUCCUGCUUGCGGGGAUCUUUCUCGGUGGAUUCCGGCUCUUGAUUCGUGCAAGUUUCUCCAAAUCUCUUCCAUCGGGCAUACAGCUCGCACUCUCUGUGUGCUCUGAGAAUGAGCGCGUCAGCGAACUCGUUGCGCUCUGUAUUGCCUGA